UAUUUGAAGAUGCCGUGGAGUACCUUGAAGAUGAGGCUAAGGAACCUGAAGACUCAAAGGAGAGUGUGAGUGUGUCUAAAGAUAAGACCGUCAGUAAAGCAGAUUCUGGGCAUCAGGAGGAGACCACAGACAACAGAUCCGGUCUGGAGCCAGAACCAGCACCAGAGGACCCAUCCUCAUGCCUGGCCCAGUCCCAGCCCUCCUCUGCAGACCCAGAUAAGUCAGACGCAAAGAGUGGUUUAGCAGAUACUGACACCACGGACGGGACUUUGAGUAAAGACACCAAACGCACUGUGCGUAGUGCACAGGAAGAGGAGAAGGAGGGGGAGGAUGAAGAUCAGGAGGAUGAGGAGAAGGACGAGGAUGAGCUGGAGAAGGAGGAGGAAACUUUGAAAGAGAGGAAAGAAAAGGACGAAUCACAGACAAGUCUGUUGGAGUCUGAGAACCAGCAGACAGACACAAUACCUUCUGAGCACAUCACACCUGACACACCUGCCCCAGAGCCAUCUGCCCCUGGGAGGGUGGAAGCCACUGAUGUGAUGAGCAGGUCAGUGAGACUGUGCUGGGAAAGACCGGUCAGCAUGGAGGGAGUUUCUCAUGAGAUCCACAUCACCUACAGCUGUGAGGGAGAAGAGCCCAGAUUACAGAAAUGCGCACCCAACACCACCACAGCUGUCCUUACUGAUCUGAGACCUGGGAUGGAAUAUACUUUCAACAUCACUGCAGUCCUUCCAAACGUCAUCUGCAGCAAGACCAACUCAACAUGCAUACAAACAAAAACUAGUUUGGAUGAACUGGUGAGUGACUUGGGACUGGAACACCACCUGAAGAACAAACUGACUCUGAGCAAGGUGCUGGAGAUUGAUGGAGAGACUUCAAGUGAUGAAAGCAUCCAGUCUCUGAAAUCUCUGCCGUGGUGUUUCCUGAGGAGGUUGAUGAUGGUGAAUGUGACUGCUAGGAGUGUGAGGUGCGCCUCAAAAGAGGACAUGACUUCCCAAAACCUGGGCAGCUUAAUGGACACCCUGUGCAAUCCACAGGCCAGCAGCAACAGAGUCAACCCCCUGGACCUAAUAACUGCUGUGUUUCUCUGCUCGGAUGGCUUUCUCCAGCAGGAGAUGGUUUUAAAAAUGUCCAUGUGCCAGUUCUCUGUGCCUCUGCUCCUUCCUAAAUGUGAAACACAGGAGUGCACUUUAAUGCUUUGGGCCAUGAGGGGUAUUGUGAAAACGUUCAAGCCGCACUCUUUGACAGACCCAAGUGGGUUUGUAGAGGAGAACAUUGUUCUCUCUGAGCUCCCCCUGGUCUCUUUUGUGAGGCUGGGAAACAGCAGCUUGUCCAAGUCUCACAUUCUGAACCAUGUUCUCAGCAACCCUCAGCAGUACCACGACACCUUUGUUCACAGAAACAUAGAGUGCGGUGACAACCCAAAGAGGAUUUCCAAUGGGCUGGUGGAGAUCAGCUGGUAUCUGCCCUGUGGGAAGAGAAACAUUGACAUCUUCUCUGAGCCACUGGCUAUAGCUAACCUCCGUGGGGACCUCAGGGACUUUGAAACUCAGUACGCUUUCCUUUGUCACAACUCUGCUGCCGUAUUUGUGUUUUGUGAUGAUUUUGGGUCUGAAUACAAAUUUUUGGAGUCCCAGCACCAGAAGGCUCAUUGGUUCUGGAUCAUCAAUUCACAGAGCAAGAGCUUCAAUGAAGAUGAUUUCAGCAGAUGUGUUUCUGAGUUACAGCUACAAACCAGCAACAUCAUCAUAAGGGGUCCGCAGAUGAAUGAUGCAGAAUUCAUCAAAACCCUGCGUUUGGGUAUCAGUGGAAUUUUAAAGGGAAACGUGGUCAAAAUGAGCAUUGAACAGAUGUCUGAUGUUGCCAAUGAGCUUGGAAUCCAUGUUGAUGAAGAUUGUGACUGCUGUAAGAAUGGAAAGCAGAAGGCUGAUGAAAUCACAAAAAGGAUUUCUGAUAUAUCAAGCUUCAAGGAGAAAGAGCUGCCCUUGCAAGGGACUGCAUGGAAACAGCUGGCCAAACUGGAGAAGGAAGUGUGCAGGAUGAAAAAUGCUGGGGAGAAAAACAUUGAAGUUUACAGGAAUGAGCUUGCAGAACAGAAGCAGCAGCUCAGAGCACAGCAGAGGGCUCACAGCAUCUCAGAGUCUAUGUCCCGUUUCAUCUCUGCAAUGUCUGGUUCCACAGAGGAGCGCAAGUAUUUCCUCAAGUGGAUGAGGAUCAACCUGGACAACCUGUCACGCAAAAGCCUUCCACUCCUUCGGGCGGAGUACAAGGAACAGUGUCAGAAUUCUGAGGAAAACAAGGAGCUCAUUGGAGAGUUGGACAGGAAGAUCUCUAGUUCAUCCUUGGGGACAGAGCACUUCCUGCGGGAAAUGGGUCAGCUGUACGAGUCGGCCUGCUCACUCCCUGAAGGUCCCACCCCUCAGAUUCAGAACCUGCCACGUCUGGCUGCUGAGCUGCUGCAGGAAGGCUUCCCUCUGGAGCUGGUGGAUGGAGAUGCAUCCAACAUUCCUCUGCAGUGGGUGACUCAGGUUCUGAAGGAACUCCAUCAACUAACACAGUAUGACUGUAAGAUCCGGGUGGUGACUGUACUGGGGGUGCAGAGCACUGGGAAGUCCACCCUCCUGAACACCAUGUUCGGGGUCCAGUUUGCCGUCAGUAGUGGCAGGUGCACAAGAGGGGCCUUCAUGCUCCUCAUCAGAGUGAAAGAGGAUUUUAAAGAGCAGCUUGGGUGUGAUUACAUCAUGGUUAUUGACACUGAAGGUCUGAAGUCACCAGAGUUGGCCCAGUUGGAUGACAGUUAUGAGCAUGAUAAUGAACUGGCCACUCUGGUGGUGGGGCUGAGUGACAUCACAGUCAUCAACAUCGCCAUGGAGAACUGCACAGAGAUGAAGGACAUCCUGCAGAUUGUGGUGCACGCCUUCCUGCGCAUGAAAGAAGUUGGGAGAAAACCCUGCUGUCAGUUUGUGCACCAGAAUGUCCCAGAUGUCUCUGCCCAUGAAAAUAACCUGAGAGACAGGAAGCUUUUGCUGGAGCAACUGAAUGAGAUGACCCAAGCAGCAGCUAAGAUGGAAAAAAGCGGAAACAACAAAACAUUUCCUGAUGUCAUGGAGUAUGAUCCAAAGAGAAACAACUGGUACAUCCCAGGGCUCUGGCAUGGCAUCCCUCCCAUGGCACCGGUGAAUGUUGGCUACAGCGAGGCUGUGAAUCUUUUCAAAAGGAGUGUGACUGAGACGUUUCAGCAACACAAAUCUGGAAAGAGCUCGCCACACACAUUCAGUGAGUUUCUUGAAUGGACCAAGAGUUUGUGGAACGCAGUGAAGUAUGAGAACUUCAUCUUCAGUUUCCGCAACAGCCUGGUGGCUGAAGCUUAUACUCAGCUUUGCACUGAGUUCAACAAUUGGGAGUGGGCCUUCAGGAAGAGCAUGUACUCCUGGUUAAGCCAAGCUGAGACAAAGGUGUCAAACUUUGGCACAAUAGCAGGACAGAUUCAGCCAUCCUCAGAGGUGGACGACUUACUGCGCAGCCUGAAAUAUGAGGCCUCCCUAGAACUCACUAAAGGGGAAAAGCUCUUUUUGGACAACCUCGCUGAAUUCUACAAGAGGUCUGAAGGACACGUUCACUUAGUAGAGAAGUACAAAGGGGAAUUUAUCAACUCAGCCAAAACUAUUCGGAAGGAGACAGAGAACUCUGUUCAAAACAAGCUAGAGGCAGCUGUGGAGAUCAGAAAGGGUAUGUUCAGGUUAGAGAACAUCAAUAAAAAUCAUACAGCUGUAAUGGAGCAAAAGGUUCUGGACCUGGUGGAGAAAUGCAGGAAAAGUAAAGUUCUGUCAGAUCAACAGCUGGGGGAUGAAUUUGAACAGAUGUGGAAUGACACUGUGGCAGAACUAAAGUUCUCUGGCCUGGAAAAACAAGAUAUUGUCCAAGAUAUCUUCCACCAGCUAUGGGUUAACUUAGAGAUGAAAGGCAGCUCAGUAUGUGAAAUGCUGUCCAAAGUGGGCAACUUGUCUGACUGUGGAUUUGAGCCAUUCAAAUUGAAGAGUAAAGGAAUAUUUAAAAAGAUAUGGAACAAAUUGUUUGAAGAUGAGCAGAAGAUAAAGACACAGAAGAUGGUUGAUUACAUCAUUGAGUGCAGCAGGCAGUUUGUAGCUGAACAAGUGAGAACUAGGUCUGAUUACCAUAACACAUACAUGAUUGAGUUGUUUCGUAUGAUAGAUGAAAACCUGGACGAGCACAGGGAUCUGGAAACAAGUGCUGAGUUUCAGGCCAGUCUGAAGAUCCACAUCUGUGGACAUGCAGCACGAGAGUUUCUAAAAAUGCAUUUGGAUUUUAUCCAUACAAAUGAUCCGCGUCGCUGUCUGGAGCAGUUCAAGCAACAGUACUGCACUGACUUCAAGGACCUGUUCCAUAAAAGAGACCAGUGUCAGAAGAAAGCAGAGGAGUUCACCUGCAACUGUCUUGCACCUGCGGUGAAGGAAUACAUCACCAAGUCUCUGGGCCCUGACCUUGUGGAUGAAGUGUUGACAGGAAAGAAAGCCAAGGAUUUCAGCACUCAAUCCUUCUUCCAGUUCUCAAUUCUCAAGCAGCUGCUUUCAGAUGAUGACUUUGAGAACUUUGAGAAUUACAUAAGUAAUUAUGACGCCUUUGUGCACGACUGGAUAUCCAAGCAGAUGGUUAAGCAGUUCACAGAGGGAGAUCGCCUGAGGAACAUUGAGAUUAAGCACAUGAAGGGGAUGGUAAAAAGAUUACAGGAAGCCAUUAAUAAUGCAGAGAUUAAGGCCAAUGAAAGAGUGACAGGAAGGGGUGAGGAGGACCAGAACAUUCAGCAGUUAAUUCAGGAUAUCUGUACUGACCUACAGGAGCUCGUCAUCCCCAAAGACCCCCUUGAAGUGGUACUGGCCUUAAACACUGCCAAGCCAGAAGACCUUUCCCAGUGCCUGAAGGUGCUUGUGGAUGAAAUGGAGCAGGCCAUUACUAAAGAGUUUCAGAGAGAUGGGGAUGUGAGGGCCAGGCUGACCUCACUGCCCUUUCAGCCACAGAAGGAGCUGUUUAACAGGGUGAUUGGCUGUGGGAGGCAGUGUCCCUUCUGCAUGACCCCGUGUGAAGCAGGCGGCAAGAACCACACAGAGCACUUUGCUUCCAUUCACCGUCCUCAGGGGAUCGGGGGUUAUAGAUAUGAGGAAUCCUCUGAAUUACUGAUUAAUAUCUGCUCCUCUAGUGUUGCCAGUGAGAGAAAAUUCAGGUCAAGUGAAACAGAGGGGAAAUGGCAUCCAUACAAGGACUAUCAGAGCAUUUACCCUGACUGGCGCAUCAAGCCUGACACCAGCAUUCAGGCCUCAGACUACUGGAAGUACGUCUUCAACAGGUUUAACAAGCAGUUUGCCAAGGAAUAUGACGCUAAGCCUGCAGACAUCCCCUCUCUUUGGAGACAUAUAACCAAAGAUCAAGCCAUAGAAAGCCUGGAGAAAUCCUUCCAGAUGCAAACAGAAGGAGAUUAAAUAAAAUGGAUUAUAUGGCCCCUGUGUCAGUCAGGUUGAAAAUUUAUUUUCUGAGUGGCGUUAAUUAAUAGUCUACUCACACGUAUCAUGGCUAAUCACAAAAAGUGCCCCAACCAAGUUGAAUCCUAUGCAAGAAAGGGCUAUAGGUUAAAAAUAAAAAUACUAAAAAAUAAAACACAUGUCAAAAAGGGAGCAUUAAAUUAAAUCAUCACUGAUGUUAAGAAAGAGAGAUAAUCACUGAUGCACACAUUACAGCAUUUUUGCAGCCUUCAUUGAGCUGUCUCUGAUAUUCAGAUACAGGUAAUACCCUCAACCAGUCAUUAUACAUAUAAAACCAUAUACAUGCUAAGAGGUGAUGUUACCUCUAUCAUAACCUGUGCAGCUUUUAUCUAUACACACUGUCUGAGUUAGCAUGGCUGAGCUUUGUUCAUUAUUCCAUUGCUUGGAUGCAUAAUCAGGGAUGGUAACUAGGAUGAGAUAUUUUAAGUUUGUUUAAUUUUGUGACCUUCUCUAUAUCAAAAAUAAUACUUUUAACGAAAAUACAAAUUCGAUUUUAUGUUUUUUUUCUAUGCUUUUUAUAAUAAGUCUUUUCUAUUAAUAAAGCACAUAACCUUCAUGUACUAUUGGUAAUAUUGUCAGCUCUUCAUCACUGCUUGCUUGGCUGUUUGAAGUCAUACAUUAUUAAGUGGCUUGAUAAUCUGUUUACACAAUAGCAUAGCUUUCAUCCAUUCAUAUUCUUCAAAUAUUUUAAACACGAUUUCUUGUUACAAUGUUAAAAGGAUUAUUGUUAUCACUUUAUAAGCCUUUGUUAUCACUUCAUAAGCCUUAAUAUAGAAAUUCAUUGUUCUUGAAAAAAAGAAAAUUGACCUUUGAUGUCAGAAGAUGCCAUCCAUCCAUCCAUCCAUCCA